GCACAUAUUCAAAUAGAGCUGCUAGAGCCAACCUGAAUGGAUGAUUUCAUGGACUGUAUUGUUUGUCAACAAACCGGCACGAGCAAGAGAAUUUACGAACCAUAGACUUGCAAAGAGGCUAUCCUUGAAAAAAACACUUUGCGAUAGAAGUGAUUCGGUACCCCUUUAUCAACGUGGUGUACGUUGUGCUUCUAAUAGAGGCAUCUGUUGUGCUAACAGCUUUCAAGUGGUGGUUGUUGAAGUUCUCAAAGUUUAGUAAGACGAUUUUUGAAAUACAGUCAGUGUCGGUGUAUAAGGAUUUUCGAAACAUGUCUCUACAGAGCUACCUACAGGACGUGAAUGGUUCGAUCCGGUAUAAUGAAGGCGAAAAACUAGCCCGCCUCCUAUCACUGCGGGAUCCUCACGUUGAAUCCCCACGCCUUUUCGCCGAUGGAGAUAGCAUUGGACGUUUUAUUCAGAAGGCGUUAAGAUCCCCCUGGGAUGAACUCGUCGAUUUCCACGCUCGUUGCGUUCAACAUGCACGUAAUGAAAAUUUCCUACGCGCAUUUGAAGAGCAACAGGCAUUCAUCCAGGUGUUGGUGAAGAUCCUGCAAACACAAAAGGAAGAAAACUGGUGCUUGCCCUUAAUGUACACAGCAUGUUUGGACAUUCGCCUGCUGGGUAUCAAAGCGGACCGGCAGGCGAAGCAACGCAUGAAAAACUACAAGCCAGGCGAGCUUUUGGAGAAAUCGGCCGAAAGCGUCAUGAGUUGUUUCCGAGUUUGUGCAAGUGAUAAUCGCGCCGCAACAAAGGAUUCGAAGCGGCUUGGUAUGCUGCAUUUAGUUAAUCAAUUGUUCAAGAUCUAUUACCGCGUAAACACGUUGCACCUAUGCAAACCCCUGAUACGCGCCAUUGACAACUCGCCAUGCAAGGAAGAAUUCUCAUUGUCACAACAAGUUACAUACCGCUAUUUCGUGGGUCGUAAGGCCGUUUUCGAUAACGAACUUAAAGAAGCCAAUGAUUAUUUGUCGUUUGCCUUUAACAACUGUCACCCUGAAGCAAAAACAAAUAUUCGUCAGAUUUUGAUCUACUUGAUCCCCGUUAAAAUGCUCCUGGGUUUCCAGCCAUCGACAGCGCUACUAAAAAAGCAUGAUCUCAUGAAGUUUGCGCCGAUUUGUGAGGCCGUCAAAAAAGGGAAUGUGCUAAAGUUUCAGGAAGAGCUUGACAUAAAUGAAGCGUACUUUUAUGGCCUUGGUGUAUAUUUGAUCCUCGAACGAUUGCGAAUGGUCUUGUAUCGAAAUCUGUUCAAGAGAGUAUUUCUCAUUCUCGAAACGUAUCAAAUUCCUAUUGAAGCAUUCCUUGUAGUUCUUCAGCUACAGAAGGUCGAGGACAUCGACCUCGAGGAGACGCAAUGUAUUUUGGCAAAUCUUGUUUACCACGGCAAGAUUAAAGGCUAUAUAUCUUUGCAACAUUCGAAGCUCGUCGUAAGCAAAAAAGAUCCGUUUCCUAAACUCAGCUCAAUAAUUCAAUGAGAAAUUACGUUAGAAAUUAUUCUAUGAAAAGAAAAAAUACAAAACGAUGGCCUAUAUUGUUAUCUUAUUCCAGUAAACUUCAUGAAAUACAUUGUUUGUUUCGUAACACCGCCAUUAAAGUUGCGAUGAAGCUCUUUGAACAUUGCUAUUAUCACUCCAUAAGUGAAUGGAAGUUUACUUAUGGAGUAAUAGUAGCCAAUUAGUACUUUGACUGUUUAAAAAUACCAGUGUAUUUCAUAAAUUAAUGACAAGUAAAGGUAAUUAUCUUGAAUAAGGCUAAGAAAAGUACGAAAUCUUAUAGGAUUAAUUGGAUUUAGAUCAAUCUAACAAAUAUCUGUCCGCUAACCAAUGUAUAGAAAGGUACAUAUGGUUUAGUCCGUGAAUAAUCGUGACUGUGUGCAGUA